AAAGGAGUGGGUGGGUGGGGGCCAAGAAAAUAGAUACUUAGAUGAUGAAGUCAAGCCACUGCGGCAAUGUUUCUUGUCAGUUUCACGCGGGCAAAGCGUGCCUCUCGGUGGGUUAUAAGCAGCGCCCGGUCCUUCCUUCUCUCGCCAAGUUGCCUGAUCCUUCCCUCCAGGCGCGCGCGCACACACCACACUCACACACCCCAAAACCAAGACUCGUCCUACAGGAUCUGGGAAAAGAAAAAGAAAAAAAAGCCCUCAAUCACCACCUCCUUCUCGCCUACUCCCCCUCACCCCCCGCCUCCCCUCCAGCGGGCAGCCAAGGAGAGCUAGAGGCGGGGGAGGGGAGAGGGAGGAGAAGCGACGCAAGUGGGUAGCUUUUCAGCGCCGGCGAGGCGCGGGAGGAGGAGAAGCAGUGGGGAGGCGCAGCCGCUCACCUGCGGGGCAGGGCGCGGAGGAGGGACCCGGGCUGCGCGCUCUCGGGCCGAGGAACCAGGACGCGCCCGGAGCCUCGCACGCGGCCAAGCUCGGGGCGUCCCCUCCCCUCGGCUGGGCGAACCCAAGGGGCGCAGCUCUUCGCUUUGACAGAGCUGGCCGGCGGAGGCGUGCAGAGCGGCGAGCCGGCGAGCCAGGCUGAGAAACUCGAGCCGGGAACAAAGAGGGGUCGGACUGAGUGUGUGUGUCGGCUCGAGCUCCGGGCAGAGGCAUUUGGGCCCGAGGCCCCCGCUGUGACUCCCCGAGACUCCGCAGUGCCCUCCACUGCGGAGUCCCCGCGCUUGCCGGCAAAAACUUUAUUCUUGGCAAACUUCUCUUUCUCUUCCCCUCCUCCUCGUCCCCCAUCUUCUGCUCCUCCUCCUUCUCUAGCAGAUUAAAUGAGCCUCGAGAAGAAAAACCGAAGCGAAAGGGAAGAAAAUAAGAAGAUCUAAAACGGACAUCUCCAGCGUGGGUGGCUCCUUUUCCUUUUUCUUUUUUUCCCACCCUUCAGGAAGUGGACGUUUCGUUAUCUUCUGAUCCUUGCACCUUCUUUUGGGGCAAACGGGGCCCUUCUGCCCAGAUCCCCAAUCUUUUCUCGGAAAACAAACUACUAAGUCGGCAUCCGGGGUAACUACAGUGGAGAGGGUUUCCGCGGAGACGCGCCGCCGGACCCUCCUCUGCACUUUGGGGAGGCGUGCUCCCUCCAGAACCGGCGUUCUCCGCGCGCAAAUCCCGGCGACGUGGGGUCGCGGGGUGGCCGCCGGGGCAGCCUCGUCUAGUGCGCGCCGUGCAGACGCCCCCGGAGGCGCCAGCUACCGCAGCCCUCGCCGCCCAGUGCCCUUCGGCCUCGGGGGCGGGCGCCUGCGUCGGUCUCCGCGAAGCGGGAAAGCGCGGCGGCCGCCGGGAUUCGGGCGCCGCGGCAGCUGCUCCGGCUGCCGGCCGGCGGCCCCGCGCUCGCUCGCCCGCCCCGCUUCCGCCCGCUGUCUUGCUGCACGAACCCUUCCAACUCUCCUUUCCUCCCCCACCCUUGAGUUACCCCUCUGUCUUUCCUGCUGUUGCCGCGGGUGCUCCCACAGCGGAGCGGAGAUUACAGAGCCGCCGGGAUGCCCCAACUCUCCGGAGGAGGUGGCGGCGGCGGGGGGGACCCGGAACUCUGCGCCACGGACGAGAUGAUCCCCUUCAAGGACGAGGGCGAUCCUCAGAAGGAAAAGAUCUUCGCCGAGAUCAGUCAUCCCGAAGAGGAAGGCGAUUUAGCUGACAUCAAGUCUUCCUUGGUGAACGAGUCUGAAAUCAUCCCGGCCAGCAACGGACACGAGGUGGCCAGACAAGCACAAACCUCUCAGGAGCCCUACCACGACAAGGCCAGAGAACACCCCGAUGACGGAAAGCAUCCAGAUGGAGGCCUCUACAACAAGGGACCCUCCUACUCAAGUUAUUCCGGGUACAUAAUGAUGCCAAAUAUGAAUAACGACCCAUACAUGUCAAAUGGAUCUCUUUCUCCACCCAUCCCGAGAACAUCAAAUAAAGUGCCCGUGGUGCAGCCAUCCCAUGCGGUCCAUCCUCUCACCCCCCUCAUCACUUACAGUGACGAGCACUUUUCUCCAGGAUCACACCCGUCACACAUCCCAUCAGAUGUCAACUCCAAACAAGGCAUGUCCAGACAUCCUCCAGCUCCUGAUAUCCCUACUUUUUAUCCCUUGUCUCCGGGUGGUGUUGGACAGAUCACCCCACCUCUUGGCUGGCAAGGUCAGCCUGUAUAUCCCAUCACGGGUGGAUUCAGGCAACCCUACCCAUCCUCACUGUCAGUCGACACUUCCAUGUCCAGGUUUUCCCAUCAUAUGAUUCCCGGUCCUCCUGGUCCCCACACAACUGGCAUCCCUCAUCCAGCUAUUGUAACACCUCAGGUCAAACAGGAACAUCCCCACACUGACAGUGACCUAAUGCACGUGAAGCCUCAGCAUGAACAGAGAAAGGAGCAGGAGCCAAAAAGACCUCACAUUAAGAAGCCUCUGAAUGCUUUUAUGUUAUACAUGAAAGAAAUGAGAGCGAAUGUCGUUGCUGAGUGUACUCUAAAAGAAAGUGCAGCUAUCAACCAGAUUCUCGGCAGAAGGUGGCAUGCCCUCUCCCGUGAAGAGCAGGCUAAAUAUUAUGAAUUAGCACGGAAAGAAAGACAGCUACAUAUGCAGCUUUAUCCAGGCUGGUCUGCAAGAGACAAUUAUGGUAAGAAAAAGAAGAGGAAGAGGGAGAAACUACAGGAAUCUACAUCAGGUGGAAAACGAAGCUCAUUCCCAACGUGCAAAGCCAAGGCAGCGACCCCAGGACCUCUUCUGGAGAUGGAAGCUUGUUGAAAACCCAGACUGUCUCCACGGCCUGCCCAGUCGACCCCAAAGGAACACUGACAUCAAUUUUACCCUGAGGUCACUGCUAGAGACACUGAUCCAUAAAGACAAUCACUGCCUACCCCUCUUUCGUCUACUGCAAGAGCCAAGUUCCAAAAUAAAGCAUAAAAAGGUUUUUUAAAAGGAAAUGUAAAAGCACAUGAGAAUGCUAGCAGGCUGUGGGGCAGCUGAGCAGCUUUUCUCCCCUCAUAUCUGUGUGCACUUCCCAGAGCAUCUUGCAUCCAAACCUGUAACCUUUCGGCAAGGACAGUAACUUGGCUGCAUUUGCCUGUCAUGCGCAACUGGAGCCAGCAACCAGCACAUCCAUCAGCACCCCAGUGGAGGAGUUCAUGGAAGAGUUCCCUCUUUGUUUCUGUCUUCAUUUUUCUUUCUUUUCUUUUCUCUUAAAGCUUUUAUUUAACAGUGCAAAAGGAUCAGUUUUUUUUGCUUUUUUAAACUUGAAUUUUUUUAAUUUACACUUUUCAGUUUUAAUUUUCUUGUUGUAUAUUUUGCUAGCUAUGAGCUUUUAAAUAAAAUUCAAAGUUCUGGAAAAGUUUGAAAUAAUGAAAUAAAAAGAAGCCUUCUUUUUCUGAGACAGCUUGUCUGGUAAGUGGCUUCUCUGUGAAUUGCCUGUAACACAGUGGCUUCUCCGUCCUUGUAAGGUGUUCAAUAGAGCUAAAUAAAUGUAAUAGCCAAACCCACUCUGUUGGUAGCAAUUGGCAGCCCUGUUUCAGUUUAUUUUUUCUUCUGUUUUCUUCUUUUCUUUUUUUAAACAGUAAACCUUAACAGAUGCAUUCAGCAGACUGGUUUGCAGUGAAUUUUCAUUUCUUUCCUUAUCACCCCCUUGUUGUAAAAAGCCCAGCACUUGAAUUGUUAUUACUUUAAAUGUUCUGUAUUUGUAUCUGUUUUUAUUAGCCAAUUAGUGGGAUUUUAUGCCAGUUGUUAAAAUGAACAUUGAUGUACCCAUUUUUUAAAAAAGCAAGGCACAGCCUUUGCCCAAAACUGUCAUCCUAACGUUUGUCAUUCCAGUUUGAGUUAAUGUGCUGAGCAUUUUUUUAAAAGAAGCUUUGUAAUAAAACAUUUUUAAAAAUUGUCA